CACGUAGGUCCUGCCAACGGGGACAUUGCCCCGAAGACCGCACUACAACCAUCUAGUAAGGACCUAUCACCCGCCCGCAGACACCGCCUGAGUCCCCCACUUGUCCCAGCGGCGACAGUGCAGGACCCCCACGGGGCACUGAGCUGCCAGCGCUCUAAUCUCUCAGGCAGACGCUGUGAUUCCGUGGGGAGUCGCGAUCCGCUCACAUCACAGGAAGGUGGUGUGGAGACGACCCGGUCUGCGCAGCGGCUGACGCUCAACAAGGUGGCCAGGGAGCCUGUGCUGGACACCUUAGUUCGGAUCCUGGCUCGCUGUGACAUCACAGUGCUGCAGGAGGUGGUGGACUCUACUGGCAGCGCCAUCCCGCUCCUGCUUCGAGAACUCAAUCGAUUUGAUGACUCUGGGCCCUACAGCUUCCAGAGCAGCCUCCUGCUGGGGCGUGGCACGUACAAGGAGAAAUACGUGUAUAUCUACCGGUCACACAAGACGCAGGUCCUGGAUUCCUACGUGUACGACGAUCAGGAUGACCUCUUUGCCCGGGAGCCCUUUGUGUGCCGGUUCUCUUUGCCCAGCAAGGUCCUUCCCAGCCUGGUGCUGGUCCCGCUGCACACCACGCCGAAGGCCGUAGAGACGGAGCUGAACGCCCUGUACCACGUGUUUCUGGACGCCUCCCAGCGCUGGCAGAGCGAGGACGUGAUCCUGCUUGGGGACUUCAAUGCUGACUGUGCUUCGCUGACCAAAAAGCACCUGGAUGACCUAGUCCUUCGGACUCAGGCUGGCUUCCACUGGGCCAUCGCUGAUGGCAUGGAUACCACGGUGCGGGCCAGCACCCACUGCACCUACGACCGCAUAGUGCUACACGGGGAGCAUCUCCAGAGCCUGCUGCGCGGCGCAGCCGCCUUCGACUUCCCCCGGAGCUUUGGGCUCACCGAGGAGGAGGCCCUCAACAUCAGCGAUCACUACCCCGUGGAGGUGGAGCUGAGCUGUGCGGUGCACGGGGCCCAGCCCCUCAGCCUGGCCACUCUGUUUCUGUCGCUGCUGCUCCUGCCACUCCUGUCCCCCCAGCUGGGCCUGGUGGCCUGAAGCCACCGCAUACCAGCUGCCCACAGAAGUGAGGACUAUGCUGUUUUCUGGACUCAAACCCCCGCCCCCCUUCUAUCCUGCCCUGCCACUCCUCUAUGUGCCUUUGCUUUGGCUGUGUUCUUUGGUUGGGCCUGUGCUUGGCAUUAGAAUGUGGAAGAGAAAGGAAGGGGCCCUGAGGCUGGAACCAUGGCACUCUUCCCCCAGGUAGUCUCAGGAGUGAGGACAAAAAGCAGGCUCCAGGGCUGGGGGAGGGGUCGGGGAACUAAAAUCCCCCAUGCCGCAAUGAAGAUCCCACGUGUCACGACUAAGACCCCGAUGCAGCCAAAUAAAUAAAUUUUUAUUGUAUGACAAGACCAUA